CCAAACGCAAGCGAAUCGGCACAAAACAUGGCGGACGUCGCCGCACGUUCGCUUCAGUACGAGUACAAAGCAAACUCCAACCUUGUGCUCCAGGCCGACACUCGUCUCAUCGAACGUCGGCCCCGCGAUGAGGCGACAGGCGAAGUGGUAUCUCUCGUCGGGAAGCUCGAGGGCUCCCGCAUGGGAGACCGCUACCAACGCACCAAACCCAGCAAAGACGAACGCAAGUCCAAAAAGCAGCAGCAACAGCAGCAGAAGAAGGCGUCCGACGAAAGCCGCUACGACGCCGCCAAGCUGAAAGGCCAGUCGCUGCUCUCCGAGGGCGUGGAAGACGUCGUCGGCAUCCUGUACCGACCCAAGACCACGGAGACGAAGCAGACUUACGAGGUCCUGCUGAGCUUCAUCCAAGAGGCGUUGGGCGAUCAGCCUCGCGACAUCCUCUGCGGUGCCGCCGACGAAGUCCUCGCGGUUCUCAAGAGCGACCGCAUCAAGGAAGGAGAACGUCGCAAGGAGACCGAGGCGCUGCUGGGACCCGUAGCCGAGGAACGGUUCGCGUUGCUCGUCAACUUGUGCAAGAAGAUCACCGACUACGGUGUCGACGACAAGCAACCCGUCGUGGAGGAAAACAUCGACGAGACGUACGGCGUCAACGUGCAGUUUGAGGAGUCGGACGAAGAGGAGGACGAGAUCGUGGGAGAGGUGCGCGAGGACGACUCGAACGACGAGGCCGAAGGCGAAGAGGCCCACCUGGACACCACUCUGCAGGCGACCAACCUGAUCGCUGGCCGCGAAGGAGGUCGCAAGGGAUCCAAGAGCGGGUUGCAUCCGCGCGAGAUCGACGCCUAUUGGCUGCAGCGCAAGCUGAGCAAGUUUUACGAUGACCCCGUCGUGGCUCAAACAAAGGCUGGCGAGGUCCUUGACAUCCUCAAGACGGCUGUUGAUGAUCGUGACGUCGAGAACCAACUGGUGCUGCUCCUUGGCUUCAACCAGUUUGACUUCAUCAAGGUUCUGCGGCAGCAUCGGCAGAUGAUCCUCUACUGCACUCUCCUGGCUUCGUCCCAGAGUGCCACCGAGCGAUCAAAGUUGCGUGACAAGAUGCAGGCAGACCCCGAGCUUGAGCGGAUCUUGAGGCAGCUCGAAAACACGGAGAAGGAUGACAUGGUGCAGGAGGAACGUGAGAGGCGGGCACAGGCCCGGCAGGCCCGUGUCAACGCCGAGCUGGAGCCCAUGGACAUGGAUGAAGACAGUGUCGUCCCACAGAUGUCUCAGUGCAAGAUGCUGGACCUGGAAGACCUGUCGUUUCAGCAUGGCAGUCAUUUCAUGGCCAACAAACGGUGCCAGUUGCCUGACGGAUCGUUCCGUAAGCAGCGUAAGGGCUACGAAGAGAUUCACGUUCCUGCCCUCAAGCCCAAGCCGUUUGACACCAAUGAGACGCUCGUUUCAGUUGACAAGCUGCCAAAGUAUGCUCAGCCUGCUUUUGAAGGGUUCCGCAGCCUCAACCGAAUUCAGAGCCGUUUGCACAAAGCUGCGCUAGAGUCUGACGAAAACCUCCUUCUCUGUGCCCCAACUGGUGCUGGCAAGACCAACGUAGCUCUUCUCUGCAUGAUGCGAGAGAUUGGCAAGCACAUCAACCCGGAUGGCUCCAUAAAUGGGGACGAGUUCAAGAUCAUCUACAUUGCCCCGAUGCGUUCCCUCGUGCAAGAGAUGGUCGGCAACUUCAGUAAGCGGCUCAACUCGUACAACAUCACCGUUUCCGAGUUGACAGGCGACCACCAGCUGACGAGGGAGCAAAUAAAUGCAACCCAGGUGAUUGUCUGCACACCUGAAAAGUGGGACAUCAUCACCAGGAAGGGAGGGGAGCGCACGUACACCCAGCUUGUGCGACUCAUGAUUUUCGAUGAGAUUCACUUGCUCCAUGACGAACGAGGUCCAGUGCUGGAGGCCCUCGUGGCGAGGACGAUCCGAAACAUCGAGAUGACGCAGGAGGAUGUCCGACUUGUAGGUCUUAGUGCCACCCUACCCAAUUAUGAGGAUGUUGCCACAUUCCUGAGGGUUAACCCGGCCAAGGGACUGUUCUUCUUUGACAAUAGCUUCCGGCCCGUGCCACUUGAGCAGCAGUACAUUGGAAUCACGGAAAAAAAGGCCAUUAAGCGUUUUCAGUUGAUGAAUGAAAUUCUCUACGAGAAGGUCAUCGACAACGCUGGAAAGAACCAGAUUCUCAUCUUUGUUCACUCUCGAAAAGAGACUGGAAAAACCGCCAGAGCUGUGCGAGACAUGUGUCUUGAGAAGGACACGCUGGGACACUUCCUUCGAGAGGGCUCUGCGUCAACGGAAGUGCUCCGGUCUGAGGCAGAACAAGUGAAAAACCUUGAGCUGAAAGACCUGCUGCCGUACGGCUUUGGUAUCCAUCAUGCCGGCAUGAGUCGCGUAGACCGUACACUCGUGGAGGAUUUGUUUGCCGAUCGUCACAUCCAGGUACUGGUUUCCACAGCUACCCUUGCGUGGGGUGUCAACCUUCCAGCCCACACUGUCGUCAUCAAGGGUACCCAGAUAUACAACCCAGAGAAGGGACGCUGGGUUGAACUGGGAGCCCUGGAUGUUCUCCAAAUGCUUGGCAGAGCUGGGCGACCCCAGUAUGACACUAAGGGCGAGGGCAUCCUCAUCACAAACCACAGUGAGCUUCAGUACUACCUUUCCCUUCUCAAUCAGCAGCUGCCUAUUGAGAGCCAGCUUAUCAGCAAACUUGCUGAUGUACUCAAUGCCGAAAUUGUCCUGGGCAACAUCCAGAAUGUGAAAGAUGCAUGUACUUGGCUGGGAUACACAUACCUCUACAUCCGUAUGCUUCGUGCACCAACACUCUAUGGCAUCUCGCACGAUGAAAUCAAGGCAGACCCUUUGCUCGAACAGAGGCGUGCCGACCUGAUCUUCACGGCUGCGGCGCAACUGGAGAAAAGCAAUUUGCUCCGCUUUGACAAGAAGUCGGGCAACAUGCAAGUGACAGAGCUUGGCAGGAUUGCCAGCUACUACUACUGCACCUAUGACACGAUGGCCACAUACAAUCAGCUUCUCAAACCUACUUUGAGUGAGAUUGAGCUGUUCAAAGUAUUUUCGCUGUCAGGUGAGUUCAGGAACAUCACCAUCCGUGAGGAAGAGAAGCUCGAGCUUCAGAAACUGAUGGAGCGGGUCCCGAUCCCCAUCAAAGAGAGCAUGGAAGAGCCAACGGCCAAAGUCAAUGUCCUCUUGCAGGCGUACAUUUCCCAGCUGAAACUCGAGGGCCUUGCCCUGAUGGCUGACAUGGUGUACGUGACACAGAGUGCUGCGCGUCUUAUGCGUGCCAUCUUUGAAAUUGUUCUCCAUCGUGGCUGGGCACAGUUGACAGACAAGGCACUGAGCCUAUGCAAAAUGAUUGACAAGCGCAUGUGGCAGUCCAUGACGCCACUGCGGCAGUUCAGGAAGGUCCCCGAUGAGGUCGUCAAGAAGGUCGAAAAAAAGAACUUCCCUUGGGAGCGCUUGUACGACCUCGGCGUCAGCGAGAUCGGCGAGCUCCUGAGGAUGCCCAAGCUGGGAAAACUGGUGCAUCGAUACGUCCACCAGUUUCCCAAGCUGGAGCUGGCUGCACACAUUCAACCAAUCACACGAUCGAUGUUGCGUGUGGAACUGACCAUCACGCCGGAUUUCCAGUGGGACGAGAAGAUCCACGGCACGUCCGAGGCAUUCUGGAUUCUUGUGGAAGAUGUGGACUCUGAGGUGAUCCUUCACCACGAGUACUUCCUGCUGAAGAGCAAGUUCUCCCAGGAUGAGCACCUCAUCAAGUUCUUUGUUCCUGUCUUUGAGCCUCUGCCGCCGCAGUAUUUCAUACGCAUUGUGUCGGACCGGUGGAUUAAUGCAGAAACCAGCUUCCAGGUUUCAUUCCGGCACUUAAUACUUCCGGAAAAGUAUCCCCCACCUACAGAACUGCUGGAUCUGCAGCCCUUGCCUGUGUCCGCUUUGCGGAACCCGACAUUUGAGGCUCUGUACAAGGACAAGUUUCCUUUCUUCAAUCCUAUCCAGACUCAAGUCUUCAAUGCCAUCUAUAGCAGUGAUGACAAUGUCUUUGUCGGCGCUCCGACAGGCAGUGGCAAGACCAUCUGUGCAGAGUUUGCCAUAUUGCGCCUGUUCUCCCAGGUGCCAGAAGGUCGCUGUGUGUAUGUGACUCCAAAUGAAGCGCUUGCCGAGAUCAUAUAUUCUGACUGGACUCAAAAGUUCUCUCUGCAGCUGAACAAGAAGGUUGUGAUCCUCACCGGCGAAACUGGCACAGACCUCAAGCUGCUUGCGAAGGGCAACAUCAUCAUCGGGACUCCAGAAAAGUGGGACGUCCUCUCACGACGAUGGAAGCAACGCAAGAACGUCCAAAACAUCAACCUGUUCAUCGUGGAUGAGCUGCACUUGGUCGGUGGUGAGGACGGUCCCGUGCUCGAAGUGAUCUGCUCUCGAAUGCGCUACAUCUCGUCUCAGAUAGAGCGCCAGAUUCGCAUACUGGCACUCAGUUCCUCUCUGGCCAACGCACGAGACAUUGGCCAGUGGCUUGGAGCCAACGUCAACUCCACCUUCAACUUCCAUCCCAACGUGAGGCCCGUCUUGCUGGAACUGCACAUCCAGGGCUUCAACAUCACCCACAACGCUUCCCGUCUUCUCUCUAUGAGUAAGCCCGUCUAUCAAGGCAUCAUGAGGCAUUCUCCCCGGAAGCCUGUCAUCGUCUUUGUGCCUUCACGGAAACAGACGCGUCUCACUGCGAUCGACGUACUCACAUACUCUGCCUCUGAAGGGCAGGCAUCAAAAUUCUUGCACUGCACCGAGGACGACCUCAAGCCUUUCCUGGACAAGAUCACAGACAAAACUCUGAAGGAGACCUUGAGCAAUGGAGUGGCGUACCUUCACGAAGGCUUAAGCCCAGCUGACCAACGCCUGGUGGAGCAGCUUUUCGACAGCGGUGCCAUCCAGGUUGUAGUGGUCUCCCGAAGCUUGUGCUGGGCUUUGUCUCUGUCAGCGCAUCUUGUCAUAAUUAUGGACACACAGUACUACAAUGGUAAAAUCCAUGCCUAUGAAGACUAUCCUGUCACAGACGUCCUCCAGAUGGUCGGUAGAGCUAACCGGCCUCUCGUUGACGAGGACGGAAAGUGCCUCCUGCUGUGUCAGUCAUCCAAGAAGGAUUUCUUCAAGAAGUUCUUGUACGAGCCACUCCCGGUGGAGAGCCACCUGGACCACUGCUUGCACGACCAUUUCAAUGCCGAGAUUGUCACCAAGACCAUUGAAAAUAAGCAGGACGCAGUGGAUUACUUGACGUGGACAUUCCUGUACAGGAGGAUGACGCAGAACCCAAACUACUACAACCUCCAAGGUGUCACUCAUCGCCACCUUUCGGAUCACCUGUCAGACCUUGUUGAGAACACGCUAAAUGAUCUCGAACAAAGCAAGUGCAUCAGCAUUGAAGACGAGAUGGACGUCGCACCUCUCAACUUGGGCAUGAUUGCUGCCUACUACUACAUCAACUACACCACGAUCGAGCUUUUCAGCAUGUCACUCAACUCAAAAACGAAGAUCCGAGGCCUUUUGGAGAUCAUCAGUUCAGCUGCAGAAUACGAAAACAUACCCAUCCGGCACCACGAAGACAACAUUUUGAGGCAACUGUACAACCGACUGCCCCACAAGCUCACAAAUCCCAAAUUCAGUGACCCGCACGUUAAAACCAACCUGCUCCUGCAGGCACACUUGUCUCGUAUGCAGCUGUCGGCUGAACUUCAGUCAGACACAGAAGACAUCCUCAGCAAGGCCAUCCGGCUCAUCCAGGCAUGUGUGGAUGUGUUAAGUUCCAACGGAUGGCUGACACCAGCGCUGGCUGCCAUGGAACUGGCACAAAUGGUCACUCAGGCACUUUGGAACAAGGACUCUUACCUGAAACAGCUGCCACACUUCACAGCCGAAAUUGUCAAACGAUGCCAAGAGCACGGCGUCGAGACCGUAUUCGACAUCAUGGAACUCGAAGACGAAGACCGAAACAAGCUCCUCCAAAUGACCGACAGUCAGAUGGCAGACGUGGCGAAAUUCUGCAACCGGUAUCCCAACAUUGAGCUCACGUACGAGAUCCAGGGUAAGGACCACAUUCGGUGCGGCCAGCCUGUGAACAUCGUGGUCCAGCUUGAGAGGGAAGACGAAGUGGUCGGACCAGUCAUUGCCCCCAUGUUCCCUCAGAAAAGAGAGGAAGGCUGGUGGGUAGUCAUUGGCGAGUCCAAAAGCAACUCACUCAUAUCCAUCAAGAGGCUCAGCUUGCAGCAGAAGGCCAAGGUGAAGCUUGACUUCGUGGCUCCAGCACCUGGGGACCACACAUAUACGCUGUACUACAUGAGCGACUCCUACAUGGGAUGCGACCAGGAGUACAGGUUCACAAUUCACGUUGGCCAGAUGGAGUCACGAAAACGUAAUGCCAGUGACAGUGAUUAAGUUUUACUGGCCAGCAAAAACUGAGCUGUCCUCAGCAUGUUCAUUGAUGUUUUGGUUUCGCAUCCUAUCUUGUUUCUUGCAUCAUGUAACUGUACAUAGAAUUUUUUCUACAUCCUUGUGAAAUAAAAGGGGAAAUCUAAUCAU